CGAAAAAUAUGAUUGCGAGCGGACAGCAAACAAGGUGGCGCCAUCGAUCCGUGGCCGGUUUCCUCUUCCUGGUUCUGGGAUUAUGCCGGGGAUUGGGAAUAGCUUCUGCCCAACCCGAAGGAAGAGUGGUUGGUGGCACUGCGGCGGCGGCAAAUAGUGCUCCCUAUAUAGUGUCCAUGCAGUACGGAGGAACCCACUACUGUGCGGCCAAUAUCCUGAAUACCAACUGGCUGGUCACAGCUGCUCAUUGUCUGGCCAACAGAAACCAAGUUCUGGGAAGCACUUUGGUGGCAGGAAGCAUCGCGGUGGCAGGAACAGCGAGCACCACCCAGAAGCGCACGAUCACCCACUUCGUGGUCAACGACUUGUACACCGGAGGAACCGUUCCCUACGACAUCGGACUGAUCUACACGCCCACCGCCUUCGUUUGGACCGCUGCAGUGGCUCCUGUGAAGCUUCCAUCAUCCGGAGUGAGACCAACUGGCACGGCCAACCUCUUUGGUUGGGGCAGCACCAGCAAGACGAACAGUCCCUCCUAUCCGAAGACUCUCCAGGAGGCUAAGAACAUCCCCAUCAUCAGCCUGGAUUCCUGUGCUGCUGCAUUGGGCACCAAGGGUCAGGAUGUCCACACCACAAACCUCUGCACGGGUCCCCUCACCGGAGGAACCAGCUUCUGCACCUCGGAUUCUGGAGGUCCUUUGGUCCAAGGGAACGUCCUUAUCGGCAUCGUGUCCUGGGGAAAGCUGCCUUGCGGUCAGCCCAAUUCUCCCUCUGUUUAUGUCCAGGUCUCCUCGUUUACUUCCUGGAUUGCAGCCAACCAAAAGAUAUGAUUUGUUGGAUAAAUAAAGAACUUGUUAUGAAAUUG